AUGAAAUACGUGCCAAAGGUGAAAGAUGAGGUCGAAAUUAUUAUGGACGAGUCUGGCUUCAAGGACUCAUUUUUUGCAGCUACUGUACUGAGCCUGGAGGGCAACAAGGCAAUAGUGGAGUACUUCGAACUGCUUGAAGGCGAUGAUGAAGGGGACGCCUCUGAGAAGCUGAGAGACGAUGUCCCAUUUACCAAAGUACGCCCUGUUGCAGAUGACGACUCCAUGACCAAGAGAGCAACAGAUCGACACCUGGGAGAUGCUGUGGACUGUUGGUACAAUGGAGGCUGGUGGAAGGGGUAUGUGCACAAGAUCUUUGAGGACAGCGUGGAGGUGUUCUUUCCCUCCUCACCAAAUGAGGAGUUGAAGGUGUUCAAUCAGGUGAAGGACGACCAGACCGUCAGGGUGCGGUCUGCUUUCGAUUGGCUGCCAGAGAGCAGCGAGUGGCGGGCACGGGAGAGGGUUGUGUACCACGGUGCCAGGGACCAUCGCUAUGACACCAUGAAGCUGGUGGGGACGCCCAAGAAGAGGCCGAGAACGGCUAGCAGGCGAGAAGCAACUCAGGAUCAGGCCAGGGGGCUGGACAAGCGGAGUGCACAGUCCCGAGCUAUAGAAAAUUGGUCAGACGAUGAAGAUGAAGAGCCUGCAAGGCCAGUGAAGGUUAAGUCGAAAUCCAUUGAGGAUGGCAAGAAACAGAUGAAGCCACCUGUUCAAACGCCACAACAACCCGAUGCCAAGCAAAAGGAACAACCCCAGUCCAAUGGUGCUGGCACUGGAGCUAAGCUGACGAGCAAGCCUGCUGCUGAAGCAAAGCACAAGAAGGAAAGGCCACUAGGGUCAUUGACAGCAGGAAGACCAGCAGCAAGGAAAGAAAAUGGAGCAGGAUCGCUGAAAGGUGACAAACAAGCAGCAAAGAAAGAAAAGGCGAUGAGCUCACCAGCAGAUGGAGAACCAAUGGAGAAGAAAGAAAAGGCGAAGAAGGGAGGCAUCAGGCAAGCAGAAAAUGUAACCAGUAAGAAAAGUGCCUUGGGGAUUGGAGCAUUGCAAGGAAUGCACAAGGUGGAGGGAGUGCAGGAUCGAAAAGUCGUUGUGAGGGGUGAAAAAAUAGAUAUGCUUAACAGAGCGAAGGCCAGCAGUGCAAGGGGCAACGGAGCUGAUCUUGACUGGCCGAGACCACAGGUGGAAAAGAAAGACGCUGGUGGAGGAGGAAAGAAGCUGGCUGCCGUGGGCAAGAAGCACAUGCCUGGCACCCGAUUAACAUGCUCCACACCAAGGAACCAUGAAGAAGGCAAGAGGCUAAAGGUGGUGUCGAAUUCCCAGCGUGCAAGAGAUAUGCAGGACUUCUUUUUGUCACCUUCCCCAAAGAGGAGUGAGGCAAAGGACAUUGUGGAUUUCUUUGCAUCUCCCAAGAAGGAUGACGGCAACACUGUGGAUCCAAAGACAGAGGAGACAGGUGAUGGACACCCCAAAGCGACCAGUGUUGACCAUUUCUUUGAGCCUCCAGUUAUGCAGCAGGCAAAAAUGGCGACAGCCAUGGCUGAAGACACGCACAACGACCCAAAGAUGAAGCCUGGUGCUGCGCCACCCAGCAAACCUUUCACUAUUCCCAAGCUGAGUGACGACCCCACCUUCCUUUCCAAUGUGGACAUGCGUGGCUGGCGGGAGAGGCUCCAGGACCGAAAGACAAAGGACAGGCGCUACAACGGCGAGGCGCUGGAGUCGAAAGUCUGCAUAGACAACCUAGGCUUUGCCUUUGACGAGGAAUGUCUGAGGGACGAGCUGAAGUCCCGGUUUGGCAGCAUCGUGGAGGUGGAGUUUGCCACAGGCUCGUUGAAUGGCAUGCGCUACAGCGCCGGGUGGUGUUGUGUGACAUUCCCGAGCAACACCGCAGCGGCCCUGGCUCUGGAGAAGCUGGACAAAAUGUACCUCAAGGUCGGGGCCUGCCCUAUACCCCGCCCGCUGAUCGCCCACUUUCCAAUGUGGAUGGGGUACCCUUGGGGCAAGCAGGAGGCGAUGCCUGGGUUUCUAAAGGUCGAUUCUGUGGUACCUCCCCAUUUCUCCCAGAGAAACACCAUCGAAUUCCACUCGGCCAUACAGUGGCGGCGCCACGUUGGGACAGCACGCAUGACCAAAGAUGUGAUGUGCGAAGAGAACGUCAACCAGCUCUGCGAUGUGAUCAGAAAAUACUCCGCUGAGCUGGAGCAGCCCGACAACGGCGCUUUCUCCCAAGGCCCACCACCAGGCGUCCCGAACCCGUGCCUGUGGCUGAAGGGGGUGCCGUUGGACAUCGACAACAGUGCGCUGCGCACCGCGUAUGAGCAGUUCGACGACAAGGGCCGCUGCAAGGUCAGCCGCCCCAACAACCCUGCGUCAGGCAGCUCCUAUGGCCACGCAGUGGUGGAAUUCGGUGAGGAGGGAAAGGCAGUGCACGUUUUGGAGGACAUGCGGCGGCAUAUCUUCCACUGUGGCGGCACCCCCCGUCCUGUGGAGGCAGACCUGUUCCAGCCUGGUCGGCCGCACGGUUUCCAGGACGUGUUCGAUCGGGCGUUGGCCAGGGUCCUUGGGAUUGACAUGUCUCGGGUGAAGCCCGAGCUCCUCAGGGACAUGCGGGUUGUGACGAUUUCAGAGGCGGCCACGCCUGUGGAAAGGUGUGCGAAGGAGCUGCGGGCCAGGCUGGACUUCCAGAUGCAGGGCAUUGCGGAGUAUUACAGGGAGAUGAGGGCCGUGGCGUGGGAGCUGCACUACGAGCAGCAGAAAAUGUUCGAUAUGCAAAGGACGAAAUACGAGCUAUUGACACAGGCGACAGAGUACCAAGUAAUUAAAAGUAUCGUAGGCGACGGCCCUGCGGUCUGA